GUACAACGCGUUUCGUUGCCGACCGAAAUUUCGUAUAAUAGUGCUCCGCCUAGUUUUUUGUUUGCGAUGUCAGAAAAGCGCAAGAGACCUGAUUUUAGUGACUCGGGCAGUGAUGAUUAUAUCAUUUGGAAAAUUGCAAGAUUGAAGAAGCGGUUGAAGAGGCACCAUUCAACGGGCAGAAGGUCUCACCGUUCUCCAUCCCCCCAGAGUGAUGUUUUUACCACGCCCGAUCACUCAGACGACGACGAUGUGCCGUUAUCAGCUUUUGCGGCCAGGAAUGCUGAUGCCGUGGAUUCCGAGGUUGCCGGCUCAUGCAUAACCAACACCACUCCAAUUGAAAAUGGGGGAAGUUCAAUUCUAGAUGCUAGUAUACUAGCUCUUCUGGGAGAUGAAAAGCCAUCUGCAGACGUGCUUGGACCAAGCAUUCAUGUGGAUCUAACUAGCAGAUGGUCAUUUAUUUUAAGCAACGGGUUAAGCGAGGCCUCCGUCAAUACCUUGCUCAAAAAAUAUCCCCCUCCUGAAAACUGCCCACUUUUAAAAUGCCCCCGUAUAAAUCCAGAAGUUGCCUCAGCGAUUAAUGAACAAGUAGCUCGUAGAGACUCAAACCUCAAUGGGCUUCAGAACCAAAUAGGAGCUGCACUGUCAGCAUUGGGUCAACUAGCAUCAGCAGUUGUGUCUGAAGAAGGGGGGGGGGGGAACCUGGCUUAUGUUGAAUUAGCUAGUGAUGCUAGUAGAUUACUUUUAGAUUUUUAUCACAAAUACUCGGUAAUCCGUAGAGAUUUAUUGAUACUGAAUUUACGGAAAGAUCUCAAAGAAACUCUGACUAAUGUGUCUGCUGACGGAUGGUUGUUCGGCAAGGAUCUCGGUGAGCGAAUAAAAGCUACCAAGGAUAUUGAAAAAUCUGGUUUGGACCUGAAACCUACUAGAGUAUCUAGACCUAGUACCUCAUUUAAACAACCUGCCAAACAGGUUCCGGAAAACUUUUACCGUCCACCUCGUCGAACACAAAGGGGAAACAUUCGAGGUGGGCGGCCGAUAAAGAUCCCAAAUCCCUCUCAGUCGUUCCAAAAAAGGCCUCAUCAAACACAGAGAAGAACCUCGGACCAGGAUCGUCGUCGCCGACAGGAUGUACGUCAAUACCACAAACAGAAUCGAUAG